AUGGCAUCGUCUUCGGCGAGAAAAGUGCCGCAACUAGAAGUCCCGGUCGCAACGCCCAGUGCUGAACGACCCAAGCUCAACACCACCACUACUCGAACGACGGCCCACCGUCUCCCUCCUCCAGCCCUCUUCCAGGGUCCUCCGUCCAAAAAUGCGUCGCAUAUCUCCCUCGCCAUCCCGACAGAUCGCCCUGCCGCCGAAGCUGAAGGUGGAGCUCAACAUGGACAGCGAAAGGUCAUCCGCCCGUCUCGCGUUCCUCUUGCCUCAUCAUUCUCUGGCACUUCUCCAUCUCAGCUGCGCCACCCUGCCGCGGGGACAGUCGCGGACGACCAGCGUGCUGAACAGCUCUGGGCGGAAAUGCAAAAGACCCUUGCGGACGUAGAGAUCUCGGCUAUGAACACAUCCCACGUAUUUGGGUCAUCUCAUUUACGAGCACUGGAAGAGCUACGGACUGCACAACUGUCCCUGGCGCAGACAUGGGCGAAGAUUGAAGCGGAUGAGUCGUUGGAUCAUGACUUUGACAUCGUCUCGCAGAAGGAGUCAAACUUAGGCGCGGCAUUAGAGACCAAGACUUCCACAACCCCGUCCACUCAACAGCGACCGAAAGGUGCAGGCCCUGGUACCAGCACCACGACCUCGCCUGCCACAGCCAAGGAUGGAGGGUCUCCAGACGGGAAGCCAAGCGCGUUCACGAAUGACAAGAACCUCGAAGAAGAAACUGAACGGGACAUUCAACUGGCAAGGAAGCGACGCGAGGCGAAUGAUCGGUACUUCUCGCAGGUCAAUAAGGGCGUGCUGGAUGUUGUGAGCAAACUGGACGAAGUCGCUGGCGCUAUGAGACGAGUAGAGAGGGAGAGCAGAGAGAUUUGGGAUGAGUCGAGCGACGAUUCAGACGAUGCCAAUGAGACGGGAGGUAGUGAUACGGAAGAAGGAGAGGCGACGGAUCGGACGGGAAUGACGGAUAGUCCUGUGCCGAUGAGGAAGGAUGCUUGA